CACCAGCCCCUUUCUCUGGCUUUAUAGGCUCCCUCUGCCCCGGCCAAGAGACCUCCUUCCCACUGAGAGACCAUGUGGGCCAAGCUGCUUCUCCUUGGGCUGCUCCUCUCCUUCUCCGCUGAGCUCCAUGCCGCCAGCAGUGGGGAGGGUGAGGAAGGGAGCCUGGGACCUCUGAAUAGCUUCUGCCAGCUGCCUCCAGACCGUCAGAAAUGCAGCGAGGACUCCUCCCUGCGGGUCUUCUACAACGACCAGGCGGGCGUGUGUGAAAAGUUCGUCCAUCAAGGCUGCGAAGGCAACGGGAACAACUUCGCAACACAGCUGGAGUGCCUGCAGGCCUGUGCCAGCCGGGAUAUCUGCCAACUCCCCAGUGAUUCUGGGUGGGGGGAUGCCAUUCGGUCCCGCUUCUUCUACAACCCCACCUCCAAGGCCUGCGAGAGCUUCCUCUACAGGGGCAGCCGGGGAAACGCCAACAACUUCUGGGAUGAGGAGACCUGCACCCAGUUCUGCGCACCAAAAGGACCACGAGGACGGUGUCCAAAGCCCCCCAAAAUUGGCAUCUGUAUUUCGCAAUGCCAAUCAGAUGCCGACUGUGCAGAAGGGCUUUUAUGCUGCCCCACCGGCUGUGGCACCGUCUGCCGAAGAGGAAUUGAGGAGGAGCGCUGAUCCUCUCCCAGGUUCGGCUCUGGGGAUGAUGGUUCUUGGAUCCAACCCAAAGUGAAGACCUAGCUAUGCUGAAAGCCUUCCUCCUCCUCCACCCUCCCUCCCUCCUUGCUCCUCCUCCUACCUAUCUCCCCCUCCCUCCUU